AUGUCUCUUUCAACGAGAGAUUCGACUGAUGAUGCCGGCCCGCGUUUACUCAGAGAUGUUUGGGGUUUUACAGCAGUCGCUAUUAUGGUUGUGAUCCUAAGGAUUGUUGCGAAACUGAGGAUUGAGAAGUUCGGUACGGAUGAUCUGCUCAUGGCUCUCGCAUUGUGUACGACUACUGUCGGCUCGAUUAUUAUCACCCUCGCUGUUCAACUUGGAUUUGGUCAGAAGGUGUCGGCUCUUGGUAAUGUAGCCGUGUCGGAAGUCAUCAUGCAUGACUAUUUGGCCCAGGCACUUGGUCUUGCUGGCGGUGCUAUAGGUCGGGUGUCCUUCAUUGUCUUCAUCAUUGGACUACUUGUGCAAAUGCCAUCCCAGAGAAUCGUAUUGUGGGUCCUAAUCGGUCUGCAGGUGGCUGUCAAUUCGUUGUUUAUCAUUAUAAUUUUCGUCCAAUGUCCAGGUCACGGAUCAGCGAUAUGGGAUGAUUCUGGUAAGAAGAAAUGCUGGGGCUUGCAUGUGCAAGCCUAUUAUGGAUACUUUCAAGGAGCUUUCAACGCGGCCACCGAUUUAGGGCUUGCCAUUUUCUCGACAUAUAUCUUUUGGAACUUGCACUUGAAGCUCCGGGUGAAGAUUGGGUUGGUGACCUUACUUGGAUUGGGCAUAUUUGCGAUGGCCGCUGCAAUCGUGAAGACCGUAGAAACGCGCGUCCUCGCAAGCUCAGAUAGAGAGCCAACCAUAGCGACUGUCACAUAUGACCGUUGGUUAUUCAUCGAAACGUGCCUGGUCAUCGUUACUACAUCCAUCCCUUCUAUCCGAUCCCUCUUCCGCUCUAUGGACGGCCGCAAAAUUCGCACCAGAAAACCCUACGAGUCCAAUUCCCGUUUCGUGGCCGACUCAUUGCAUACAUUCCGGAUGAGACGACGGGAGUUAUCGAUCUUCGGGAAAGGGACCAUGAAUGCCUCUGUAGGUAAUCACAAUAACGAGGUUUUCGUGCGAAUGGAAAGUCAUGAUGAGACACUCAAUUCUAGAAUGUCACGAGAGUCGGUAUUAUGUGUUUAA